AUGAAUACCACAGACAUUUCACACACUCCAAUCGACCAGAAUAAACCCUUCUCAACAGCAACACCACAACUACAGCCACCCCGACUCAAAGUCCCCCGAAACCCCAAAAUCCUCGCUCCACGCCUCUCUCACUACCUACGAAAGUACAACCGCUACCCCAACGCCCCCAACGUCCACCCAAACCCAAUCUCCUUCCCAACCGGCCAGCAAAAGGCCAACUGGGCCGCCUCCCUCCCCGACAUAACCCACCGAGAUACAUACCCCGUCUGGUGGCGGCGCCCCAAACACAACAAGACAUGCUGGCUGGGAUUCUUCAGCACCUGGACAGCGUCGUGGGUAGGCGAUUCACAGUGGGACACGCGCCCCUGGCACGCCUGGGCCGUCGCUGUGCUGAAACUACGGAAUGAGCUGGGGAAAUGUAUUAUCAUCUAUGACUGCGAUCCGAGGAUUCCUUCGGAGCCGUGUGAUCUCAGUGCGUCCGCGCCGGUUUCUCCUGCCCGUGCAGACGAAGCUGAUUGA